GUUCGCGCCGCGACCACGCUCCGCGACAACGCGACAACGCGCUAAAUUUACUCGCCAGUGACUCUGAUACACCACCGCUGACCCACUGAUAGUGUAGUGCUAACCCAGUGUGAGUGACCCCCGCCCAUUGCGCCCGCGACACACCAGUAAAGCACAAGCUCCAAUCAUGCACGAGUAAGCACGAAUAGACGAGACUAUUCCAAGUCGCGGGGUGACUUCCACCGAACAAAACAUGUCCGGGCUAUUAUGAUAGCGCACAACCCACCGCUUCCCGAAUUCGCCAAUCAACCGUAAUGUGUUAGACUAUACAUUGUGUCAAAUUGUAUAAAGUGUAAAUAUUAGUGUUUUGAUAUAAUAUUCAUAGUUAUAGUUAGUAGUUUCCGAUGAAAAUUUUCGGUUAAAAAUAUAAAAGUUUUGGUGUCGUAAAAUGAUAAUGUGCAAUUAAUACCGUUGACGUCAGUUGAUCGCGUUAAAACAGUGGCAGUUGGUAAAUAGUGUAGUCGGCAUGUCGUCGCGCACGGGACAGCGCGGAACGUCCGUGGCUGCCAGCCAGAGGAACCGCCAGCGGUCGCGGUCUACCAACCGGUAUGACGCGGAGAAGAAGCCGAAGAAGAACAAGGACCUUCGCACGAGCGGCACCACCAGCCUCGUCUCCAUUCCUAACAGCAUCAAGCUGACGAUGCUUAACAGCGGCCUCAUACCUAUCAACCGAGUGACGUUUAAACCACAGACCGACGAGAACGGGUCGAUAUGCGAGACCAUACCGGACCGGCCCGUGGAGAUCAAGAACUUCCCCAAACUGUGCGAGCAGCGGCGAAAGUUCCCGGUACUCUACAAACUAGAAUUCCAGAGAGCUGGUAGUCUCCGUGGCGCCAUUAGCAUCACGGAGGGGAUGAAUGCUACAGCAGUUAAAGUGGAGACACAUUCAUGUCGACACGCAACCAAGAAGAGUAACGCGCACAAGAACCAAAACCAGAAAGUAAUACCUUACGACUACAACAGAGUGGUGCUAGAUUCAGUGGACCGGGAGCCAGACUCCGAUUACAUUAAUGCUUCCUAUAUAGAUAGUGUUUUAAAGCCGAACGCGUAUAUAGUGACGCAGGGGCCAACGGAGGACACGGUGGUCAGCUUCUGGCGGAUGAUCUGGCAGGAGCGCGCCGCCGCCAUUGUGAUGCUCACCAAGACUUUCGACUUUAUCAAGGUUAUGUGUGUUCAAUACUGGCCACCGAACAAAGAGAAAGACGAGACGUACGGCGACAUCAGCGUGGGGAUCGUCCAGGAAGAGGAGCUGGCCAAUUUCCACAUAAGAACUUUUAGACUUUACAAGACAGAAAAAGACGUGGUGGUGGAGGAGCGGUUCAUCCUUCAGUUCCACUACACCCAGUGGCACUCGCACACGUGUCCGUUCAGCAACGCACUCCUGGAGUUCAGGAGACGCGUCAGGGCGGUGGUGGGGAGACGGCUGGCCACCAACCCGGCUGCUGGGCCAAUGGUGGUGCAUUGCAAUGACGGAGGAGGUCGAUCGGGCGUGUACUUGGCCAUCGACGCCAACCUAGAGUUAGCUGAAGAAGAAGACUGCUUUGAUGUUUUCGGGUAUCUGAAGAAACUCAGACAAUCAAGAAAAGGCCUUAUUGAGAACGAGGAACAAUACAAAUUCGUGUACGACACGUUAGAAGAGCACGUGGUGUGUGGCAUUUCCUGGUUCCCCGUCUCCGAACUAUCUCAAAGACUGAAACAGAAAUCGCAGAGGGACCCCUUGUCGAAACUCAACGAGUACCAGAAGGAGUACCAGCAGAUAUGCAAGCAGACCCCACGGUUUACCAUCGGGGACUGCGCAGGGGGGCAUAGGGGGGACAACAGAGAGAAGAAUAGGGACGUGCUGGUUGUUCCACCGGACAAUUUCCGACCGUACCUGACGUCGUUCCAGGGCAACAGUUUUACGGACUACAUCAAUGCUGUCUUCGUGGACGGAUACACGAAGCCUCGGGAGUACAUAGUGACAGAAUGGCCUUUAGUGAGGACACAGGGAGAGUUCUGGUCGCUAGUGUACGACUACGAGUGCGCGGCGGUGGUGGUGCUAUGCGUACCACCCAAGAAUUCACAACAAUUCCCACCAUUCUGGCCCGAAGGCCGACAUUCUAAGAAAUACGGCCCCGUUUUCACGAUAGACCACGUCUCGCACAACCACUACACAAACAUCAAGACCUGGAUCUUCAGAAUCAACAAGAAGAUCGUAUCGCUCACGGAGCUGAUGGCUGGAGUGAAGGCACCGCCGAAGACAGUGCAACUGUUCCAGCUGACCUGCUGGCCCAUGGGCCACAAGGUGCCGUCGUCCACCAAUUCACUGGUCGAGCUCAUGAACAUGGUGGAGCGAUGGCGACAGCGAACCGACUACGGACCAGUUUGCGUCGUGUCACCGGACGGACGCAGCCGCGCGGGCGUGUACUGCGCCGCCAACGCCUGCAUCGAGCAGGUCAUCCAGCACGGCGAGGUGGACGUGUUCCAGGCCGUCAAGACCGUGCGCCGCCACCGCCCGCAGCUCGUCGAGAACAUGACCGAAUACAAAUACUGCUACGAUCUGGUGCUCCACUACGUGCUGCAUUACUUGAACAAAGAUAUGAACGAAAAGAAGUGAGAGUGCGAAUUGAAGGACGAGCUCUGGUUCAUCGAGUUCGGUCGCGGCGCCGCGCUGCCGACCACCCCGGAG